AUGGCCGAUUUUUCUGAAUAUGCUGGCCCCAGUGCUGAAUGGCUGGCCCUGGAGGCUACGCUGCCCGCGCCGCCCAAAGAUCUCUCACUGGCACAGUUGAAGGAAUUCCUAAACAAAGGCCGCGAGGACUCUGCCGCGCAAGAUAUGAUCGACCAGGGACUUAGCUCUGUGGUUCAGAUGCACGACCACACGGUCACGGCGCGGGAUGGCGCAGUGCUUGAAGCGCGUACCUAUCGCCCCGCCGGCGUACCCAUCUCCGAGCGUCUACCAGUUUACCUUCAUCUCCACGGAGGUGGUUUCAUGUUUGGGACACUGGCGUCUGAGGACGCGACGUGUUCUCGCAUUGUUGCUUCUCGCCUCGAAAAUAACAUGCCCGUCGUCGUUUUCAAUAUUAAUUAUCGACACACCCCCGAGCAUCAGUACCCCGUUGCUUGGAAUGAUGUCGAGGAUGCCUUCAUCUGGCUACAUGAACAUAUCGCCGAGAUUGGGGGUAUAAGUGAGCAAGUGGUCGUGGGGGGCAUUUCGGCCGGUGCAUGGAUGACUGCGUCAUUGGCACUGGCGCAACUGCGUGGCGAGGAUAAGCGGUUGGCGGCCUGUCCAAAGAUCGCAGGACAAAUUCUCAUGAUUCCCGUUCUGGUACAGUGGGAUCACUAUGCGCCUCGUCAGGAGAUGCUCAAGAGCCCUGAGCUCUCAAGUUAUGUUCAAUGUGCGCAGGCGCCUGUCUUGCCGAUCGACCGUAUGAGAAUGUUUAGCAAUCUGCUUGGUAUUGCAGAGGCCAAGGAUGCAGCUGAAGAUCUUCGAAUGAACCCUGGAAAUGCAAGUGCCGAGGAUGUCAAGAAUUUACCUCCUACCACCUUUGGAGUUGCAGGCAACGACCCUCUGAGAGACGAGGGCCUUUUCUAUGGAAAGCAUCUUGCCGAGAACGGCAUCCCUACCAACGUCCAUGUCUUCCCCGGCGUGCCUCAUGGUUUCCGGCGGUGGGGAGACAAGCUGCCUGGCAGCAAGAGGUGGGAUAAGCUGAUGAGCGACGGAAUUUCAUGGGCCCUUUCGAAGCCAACAGCCGGCCCCUUUGAAAUCCACUCGGAUUAA